CACUUCUACCUUGUACCCCUCCCUACCACAACUCCCGACCACCAACCAUUCCACCCACCUAGACCUUCAAAAAAAUGACGAGCAAAAACGUUGUCUUCGACGUAGUCGGCACCUGCGUCUCCUUCUCGGCCUUCUACGACACCAUCCAACAAACGCUAGGCCCGCAGCUUGCGGCUCACAACCUUACGGCGCAAGCCUUCGGUUUCACCUGGAUGACCAACGCAGAACUGCAAUUCACCUUUCUCUCAAUCUCGGAACGCUACAAGCCCUACAAGCUGGUGCUGACCGAGCUCUUCUACCAGACGCUGUCGAUGAUCGGCGUCGCCAACCCGACAGCCUUCGCUACGGCCGCCCAGCGCGACGCUUGCGUCGAGGGGUACUCUGCGCUGGAGCUCCGCCCGGACACCGCGGCGUGCUUUGCCACGCUGCGCGCCGCCGGGUUCACCGUCUGGUGUCUCACGACGGGUGACACGCAGCGCGUGCGCGGCUACUUCCUUCGGGCGGGGGUGGAAAUGCCCCUCGAGAACUUUCUAAGCUGCGACACGGCGGGCGUCGCGAAGCCCGCCCUCCAAGCGUAUCGGCCCGCGCUGGAGGCGCUCGGGUACGUCGAGGACAGUGAGGAGAGGCCGUGGUUCGCGGCCGCGCAUUUGUGGGAUGUUACCGCGGCCACGAAGGUCGGGUUCCGUGGCGCGUAUUGUACGGUUUAUGAGGGGGAACCGUGUUAUCAGGUGUUUGAGGCGGGGUUGGACGUUACGAGUGAGUCGCUUGUGGGGAUGGCGGAGGGGAUUAUCAAGGCCACUCAGGAUCACUACAAGAACUUCUAUUCAACCUCGCACAAGACACCAUUCAAUCUCCGUACUUAUGCCUGCAUAUACGCCAAACGUGCCAGCUGUCCCGCAAACCCAUCGACCAGCUUCCGGAAUGACGACGCUCUGCUCGCCCAUCGCGUCGUGAGCGUCGGCUAUGACAGUGAAGAUGGCAUAGUGAAAAUGAUCAGCGCCUGCGAGGGCAAGCACUUCAGCGUGCGACUGUGCAAGGACUACUUCUACACGUCCCUGAUCACGCUGGAGACCUUUACGGAGGUGACGGAGACGGCGUUUGUCGUAGAGGAAGACCGUGCCAUCGCUAACCAGGUGCCGGGCCAGCUGUACCGGUGGGCGCUGCGGCCGUCCGAGGCGUGGAUGAAGCAGCGGCUGGAGCAACCCGCGUACGCAGGCGAUUGA